GUGUGGCUUGCACACCCACACACACCCCCACACACAGCCUCUGCCUGGCCUGAGCCUCGCUCGCUCGGGAGAGCAGUGUUCUCUGUGCGGGGAGCUGGCCCAUCUCCCGCAGUCAGCGCACCAGCGAAGUUGGCUUCAAACUUGAGCCACGCUGAAGGCUCCACAUUCCUGGAACUCUGCGCUGGCAGCAGCAGCCCCCAGCCGCAUCAGGACUUACCAGAUCUGGGGAAGCUGACCCUCUCUGCCCCCAUCUGGCCUUGCUCCCCUGGGGUGCACUCUGCCCCUGAACUGUGGGCAGAGGAAUGGAACGCUGAGGCCCAGUGGAGCCCCCCCUCCCCAGCCUGUGGGAGCAGCCCAAGAUCCAGAUCAACAUGGCCAACCCUGUGCAGCCUCAGUUUCCCCCAGCACAGGAGCCGGGCACUGCCGCCUCACCCCUGGAUCUGCCGGAGAUGGAGAAGCUCCUCACUAAGGUGGAGGUCAAGGAUGACAAGCCCCUGAAGCUGUCCAAGUCCCUCUCUGGGCCUCUGGACCUGGAGCAGAAUGGCCACGGCCUGCCUUUCAAGGUGGUAUCUGAGGGGCACCAGGACGCCCCACUUUCCCGCUCACUCUCUCGGGUCAGCUCGAGGCGGGCAUCCUCCAUUGUCUCUGUCUCUGAUGCCCAGGACCGAGAAGUUCCCAAAGAUUACCUCAUCCUUGCCAUUGCCUCCUGCUUCUGCCCUGUCUGGCCCCUCAACCUCAUCCCCCUCAUCUUUUCUAUCAUGUCUCGGAGCAGUGUGCAGCAAGGGGACCUGGAUGGGGCCCGGAGGCUGGGCCGCCUGGCCCGGCUGCUCAGUAUCACCUUCAUCGUCAUGGGGAUCAUCAUCAUCGUGGUGGCUGUGACUGUCAACAUUGCAGUUCAGAAGAAAUAAAACUACAGGGCGCUGGGCCCACGGAGCAGUCCCUGGCCCAUUGGAGGGGUGCUCCCACCCCUCAUUCCAUGGGAGGAUCGGAUGGUAACUGCUACGGGCCCACCUGUCCCCGAGCUGCAAAAGCACAGACUCAGAGGGGGGCCCCCCUCAAGUCACUCCACUGUCAGCCCACAGCAGACGGGAAAAGCUAGGGGAAGGAAAGAAGGAAGAAAAGGAGGAGGGAAGGCAAGAAAGAAGGAAAGAAAAGGCAACUUGACUGUGAAACCACUGAGCAAUGGACACAUCCUGGUAUUUUGACCCCAGUGUUCUGGCUUGUUUCUCAAUCCCACAAUCUCCUGGGACUAACCAAGCAGCAUAUACAGCCAGAAAGAGAAGAAACCAGCCCCACAAACAUGACGGACUCUGGUGGGGAGAGAAGUAGCCACACGCCCCCGGUGUGGCUGAUAACGGGGAGCAGAGCUGUAGGACCUCAUCUUUCGUACACGCCUGCUUGUGCCACCGCCUGCUGCAGCCCCAGCCAGUGCCGGAGCCGGAGGCCCAGCUGCUGCUCAGCUAUUCCCCGGAGGCCCCCGGGCACAGAGGACCAGCACCUGCCAGGUCCUCCCCGUCAGGACGGAGGCAGCGCAGGAGCACGGGUGAGGACGGAACAGGGAGACACACACCGUGGCCCCUCCCAAGCUCUCAGCCCUGGGGCAUCUCUGCUGAGAACCUGGUCUCCCGGGGAUCCAGGCCUCUUGCUCCUACCUGCUACAGCCUGGGGUGCCAUGAACUUGGGGACCUGACCGAGCCCCUGGGGUCAGCCUGUGAGGAGACCAGGCUGCAGGCUCUUCCUGCCAUGGCCUCCUUAUAGCUUGGGGUGCAAACUCGGGCCCGUGCACAGUGGCCAGGGCCCAUGCCCAGCGGCUCAGGGUCUCCUUGCACAGUGGCGCGGGUGGGGCCUGGGCUCCUGGCUCCCUGUGCAGUCACCUCUGCUGGCCUGUGCCUCACCCUGUGAGCUUGGUCUUCCACAAAUAACACAUGUUUUCCCUGGAGGAGACUUUGGAACCCCCCUGGGAGGUGGCUGCUAGCAGUGUUUGUGCUUCUAGCAAUGGGGUGGGCUGAAAAAUUUUUAUGAAGGUUUAUUGUUUAUUGGGCCCAGAGCGUUCCAAGACAGAAGGAAGAGUUUGGCUGGACAGUCAGGACUUCAGGAGAGCGAGGGACCCCAGUUGAAGAAAACAUUUGAAUGCUGAAGGCAGGGGCUGGAUACCGUGGCUGGCUUCGAGGUCUACUGAAAACUGAGAGGAGCCAAGUCCUGCCCCUUGACCCCCUGCCUCGGUUUGGCCCAGGGAUUCUCCACAGAUCUUUCUCCUCAGCCCACUGCUCACUGUGGCGUCUCUUGUACUCUCCUCCCCUGCUAGCUUUUGCCUUCCACCCCCCAGCAAGGGGUACUCCAGGCUUUCCCAGCAGAGGCCCUGUCCGGCAGUCAGGGUUACUGUGCUUGUGGGAGUGGGGAAUGGAGAGAAGGUUCUUGGCCACAGCCAGAUUGGCACAGACUGGCAAUGGAUAUUCCCUUUAGAACUCUCGUGCCUCCUCUCCAGGACCUUGCCUAUCUCCCUGUGGUGCUCAGGGGCUCCAGGGAGGGGGCCUAUGAGCACAGAGGUUGAACAUCAGGAGGCGCCUUGAGUCUUGAGAGUAACUCAGAUGUUCUACGGGGGCCUAAUUUGAGGGAGCAGGGCAGGGACCAGGGCUUCUGGGAAGAUCCCACUUCCCAGGGGUAGGUACCCCUGCAUUAAGCGACCCUGGGGAGAGGCAAACUCCAACCUCUCCCGACCCCAAGAGCUGGCCAUUUGGGUUUGUUUUAUAGGACCUUUGAGGUCAAAAUACAGACACCCCUGUAGGGAGGGAGGGGCUGUGCCUGGAGUUUCUGGGACACUUUGGGGUCAGAUCAGACUAGGAAGAUAUCAGAGCUGUGGAACCUGCUGUCCUGGACAGAGGGGUCAUGAGUUGGCGGUUUCCCAGCAGACCCAGGGCUCCCCAGAGAGCAGCAAAGCAGCUGAUUUGGGCAGAGUAUCCAGGGGAAAAUGACGACAGAUGUGGGACCGGACUGUGGUCUCUGUGCACACUGGGGACAUCUCUUGUCUGCCUGGCCCCCACAGCCACCCCCACACAAAUGCACAGCACUGUGUACCCACUCCCACACGUACACACUGGUUCAAGAGAAGCCACCAGCAGACAGCUGCAGGAAAAGGCGCAGCUGGGCCCUUUUUCCAUUCAGGCAAGACCAAAUGGAGAGUCCUCUGGUCUACCAAGGACUGGGUCAGAGGCCCCCAGAGGCCAACCCCUCUGGCAGACAGGAUCCCACGGCCUGAGGACGAGACACCCUUCAAUUACAGGACUGAGAGGGCGGGACCCUUGCAGCUCCCACGCACAGGCAGCCCCCCAGGCAGCCAGGCCUUGGCGACUCUGGUAAGGACAGUGCCCCCAACCCAGUUCCCUCUCCACUGGCUACAUAAACACAGCAGUUCCCUGGCUCAAGACACUGACCCACCCCGUCCCCACCAUGGGGAGCAGCAAGAACUAUUCCCUCAGCACGACCAGCCCCACAUGCACCAUUUCACCCCUGUUUCUCUGCAUGGAAAGAAAUAAAGCUGAACUACAUGCUCAA